GGGGAGGGCGCAGAGGCGCGUACUUGAGCGCAGCGCCGCCCACGCGCAGCACCUCAACGGAGCGGCGGCGAGCAGCGGCGAGCAGCAGGGAAGAUGGCAGACAGCUUCUCGCUCAACGAUGCCUUAUCCGGUCCUGGACACCAGAACCCUCAAGGAUGGCCUGGGGCCGGGGGCUACCCAGGAGCUGGCUAUCCUGGCGCCUACCCUGGCCAGGCUCCUCCUGGGGCUUACCCUGGACAGAUGGCUCCUGGGGGCUACCCAGGCCAGGCAGCCCCUGGGGCUUAUCCCGGGCAGGCACCUGGCGCCUACCCUGGGGCCACACCUGGAGCCUACCCCGGCCCUACUGCACCCAGCACCUACCCUGGGGCUGCACCUGGAGCCUACCCUGGCGCCAGCCCAUACGGCGCCCCCUCGGGACCACUGGCCGUGCCCUAUGACCUGCUCCUGCCCAGCGGGCUGGUGCCGCGCAUGCUCAUAACGAUUGUGGGCACCGUGAAGCCCAACGCCAACAGACUGGCCCUGGACUUCAAGCGGGGGAACGAUGUGGCUUUCCACUUCAACCCACGCUUCAACGAGAACAACAGGCGGGUCAUCGUGUGCAACACCAAGCAGAGCAACGCCUGGGGGCGGGAGGAGCGCCUUCAGACUUUCCCCUUCGAGAUGGGCAAACAGUUCAAAAUCCAAGUGCUGAUGGAACCCGACCACUUCAAGGUGGCGGUCAAUGACGCCCAUCUCAUGCAGUACAAUCACCGGGUGAGAAACUUCACGGAAAUCAACAGACUGGGGAUUUCUGGUGACAUAACCCUCAUCAGCGCGACAUACACUAUGAUAUAAUCCGGAAUGGCAGAUGCUUGGAUCGAGGCCAGACCUUACCCACGCAAAGGCUUCAGGUUCACUGGGAGUGGAAAGUUUUACAUUUAUGCGCAAUUUUCUUCCCUGAGUCCCUCAUUUAAUAAACAUUAUUACUGAGCUAUUCCCUGA